AUGGUUUAUCUACUGGUUUUGGUCGUGACGGCCUUUUUGGUAUUAGGAAACGCCGCAAAAGCCGAUGAUCCAUGCGGAUAUUGUAAAUUUAUGGUAGAGACAUUUAAAAGUGUAAGUUUGGUUUUAAUUGAUAUUUUAUUAUUAAGGUGGUAUUGAAACGUUAACCUAUUAAUUUCAGGGUCUUAAAAAGACAGAAAAUCAACACUUUGCUGGUGGUAACACUGACUGGGAAGAAAGAAAACUAGGAAAAUUUAAAACAAGGUAAUUAAUAAUAAAGUCAUAUACGUUGUUACGAAAAUUAAAGCUACUUGUUUGCAAUAGCUCUAUUUAUUUUUCUCUUUUUGCUUAUAUGAGUAAGUUUUAGUGAGACUCGUUUUGUUGAAAUUAUGGAGUACGUGUGCCACAAAGAGCAUUUAGAAAGUUUGGAAGAGUUUUCCGACCUCAAAGAGCUUAAAUUCCGCGUAAGUCUAUUGAACUUUUUAUUUAAUAUUGAUUUUUAGUGUAAUAAUAUGGCUGAAGAUAGUGAAGAAGUACUAGAAAAAUGGUUCUUCAAACACCAAGAGUCUGAUCCAGAUUUGUUUGAUUUUGUAUGUAUAAAUGAACUUAAAAAAUGUUGUCCUCAAGGACAUUUUGGACAUAAUUGUUCGCCUUGUCCUGGCAGUUUAAAGGGGUUGACAUGCUUUAAACGAGGAAAGUGCAGUGUAAGUUUUUUAAUAUAGAGUUUUUACCUUUUCUUGUUUUUGACUUGUUAUUAUUGCCUUUUUAAGGGUGACGGCACACGACAAGGAACGGGUAAAUGUGAAUGUCAAAAAGGAUACGCGGGUGUUAGAUGCAGCACGUGUGAUGCUCAUUUUUAUGAAUUUUCGAAGAAUGACACAGCAAUUGAAUGUGCAGGUUAGUAGUAAAAUGCUAUAAAGUGGAAAUUAACUAUACUGUUUUUAAGUACAGUUACGUGUAACGUAAUUUGUUCUAUUUAUACUAAUAAAACAAUGUUAUUUAGCUUGUUUUGAUGGUUGCGCGACUAGCUGUACCACUUCUGGCCCUCUUGGCUGUACUGCUUGCAGAACCGGGUAUAAAAUGGUAGAAAAUGAAGGGUGUGUCGAUGUAGAUGAAUGCUCUGACAAUGGUGAGCAAUUGUGCGAUAAACUCAACGAGAUUUGUGUCAAUACUCCGGGUUCAUACAACUGUGAAUGCAAGGACGGGUACAAACGUGAUUUUGAUUCGGAUGAGUGCAUUCUGGACGUGAACGGUGAGUAAAACAGUAUCUAUGAUUUUUUAAACGUUUUAUUUGGUAUUUGUUGUUAUUAAUUCAGUCUUGUGUUCGUCUUUAUAUUUUUUUUGGUAUGUAUUAUAUUACUGGCUUUAUUCCUUAUUUUGCAUUUAAUUUUAAAAGCGUGUUUAUGUUGUGUGACAGAUUUUCGCAAUUCCAUUUGCAAUUUUACAGCGGAACCCUACGACGGUUUCUGGAGACCUGACCGUACACUUCGUUUUAUCGCAAUUGCCGGUCUCACAUCUGUUGCCGGCUUUAUACUGGCCUUUCAUCGUUCGCCAAUUGCUUUAAUAUCUCUCCUUUUCGCAUUUAUUUCUACUAUAUUCAUCGAAAUAAAACUGGAUCACAAUUCAAUCCCAGAUGAAGCCAAAAAACUCAUGAAAAAGUUCAUCUAAGGUCAAUUUUGGUUAUUACAACUAAUUUAUACGAUUUCGUUUAUUUUUCUUGUUAAAACUCGUUUUUAUACAAUUUUUUCACGUCUUUAUUAAUUAAAUAAUAUUUACAAUUGAUAGAAAAUUAUGUAUUAUUUUGAAUUUUUUGAUAAACGAUCUUAUGUAUAAUAACUUAAAAUGUAUAUUUUCAGAUCCUGGUGAACUAGGAAAUGACGAAUUAUAG